AUGAAGACUGCAGAGGAAGAGGCAUCAAGCAAUGAUGUACAGGUGUUAAGAUUGACACCGUCGGUGAAGCAAUUACAUGGUGUUACCUCUCAGGAUUUUAACAAUUUAUUGAAGGAUUCCGAAAAUUUAACUAUCAACUACCGCACUUCAACAGGAUUGUUGCUGAAGCUUGACUUGGAAAAGCUUGCGGGAUUGCUUCCAGCGCACCUUGCUUCGGAGCUAAUAUCAUCCAAAAGAGAUGAGAGCUUGUUCAGAUAUUUGUUAUGUGGUGUACGGCUACUGCAUUCCUUGUGUGAUUUAUCUUCCCGUAACUCUAAAUUUGAGCAGAUUUUUCUAGAUGAUGUAAAAGUGGCGGGACAGCUAAUUGAAGUGGCUUUCUUCAUGCUAACUGUUCUUGCUGGUUAUAGACAGGAAGACAGUGCUUUUAGUCAUGUGCACAUUAUGCAUUCAACUCUCGUAGCUUGCAAUUUAUAUCUAAUAACCGGGUUUAUUUCAACUCAGUGGAGAGAUAUUGUGCAUGUAUUGCUUGCACACCCCAAGGUUGACAUAUUUAUAGAUGCGGCUUUUGGAUCAGUUCGUGUGGUUGUUAGGUCUCUUGAGACGACACUUGUAGCUUAUAACAAGGAUAUUUCCAUGGAAUCAAAUCUGACAGCAGAAAGAAGAGUUUAUUAUCUCUGCCAGCAGUGUGAAGCUUCUUUACAGUUUCUUCAGUCAUUAUGUCAGCAAAAAAUGUUUAAAGAACGCCUUCUUAAGAAUAAGGACUUAUGUGAAAAAGGGGGCAUUCUUUUGCUUGCCCAAUCCAUCUUGAAGUUACACAUUCAACCACAUGCAUCGAAUAGAAUCACAGCAGCUAUUUCUAGGCUUAAAGCUAAACUACUUUCUAUUCUGCUGAGUUUGUGUGAAGCAGAAAACAUUUCUUAUCUUGACGAAGUAGCCAGCUCAACAAAGAGUUUAGAGUUGUCUAAGUCUGUUGCAUUAGAGGUUUUUGACUUGUUGAAGAAAGAUUUUGGAAAAAAUCCCGGGAAACUCACUGCUGACAGAAGUCACCCAAUGGGAUUUGUACAGCUCAAUGCAAUGCGUCUAGCUGACAUUUUCUCUGAUGAUUCAAAUUUUCGAUCUUACAUGAUACUUUGUUUUACUGAAGUUCUGACAGCAAUAAUUUCACUCCCCCAUGGAGAUUUUUUAUCCUGUUGGUGCUCAUCAAACCUUUCCGACACUGAGGAGGAUGCAAAUCUUGAAUAUGAUAUAUUUGCUGCAGUUGGAUGGGUUUUGCAUAAUACUUCACCAGAUGUAAAGGAAGCCACAGAUUUGGAAUUCAACCUAACCCCAAACAGCAUGCUUAAAGCUUCUUAUGCACAUCAUAGGACUUCAUUAUUUAUCAAGUUCUUUGCAAAUCUUCAUUGUUUUGUUCCCAAUGUUUGUGAAGAGCAAGAAAGGAACCUUUUUGUGCUCAAAGUCCUCGAGUGCUUAAACAUGGAUCUAUCUAACUUGCUGCCGGAGUUUUCUUUUGAUUCUGAUGCUCCUAGAGCUGCCACUGCUAGCAGGAACCUCCGCUCGUUGUUAAAUCACGCAGAAUCUCUGAUUCCAAACUUCUUAAAUGUGGAGGAUAUACAACUUUUAAGGGUGUUUUUUGGCGAAUUACAAUCACGAUUUACUCCAAAUGGAUCUGGGAGAAAUCGUGCUCAAAAAACUCAAGAUAGCAAAUUUGAGAGGUCGUCUUGGGAUAAGUUUUCUAAACUUAACAUCAAUGAGUGGUAUCAGGAGGCUCAAAGUGCUGGGGGACGCUCAUUGCCUUUAACUGGUAAGCUACCUGCUGAUCUUGAUAAGAAGGGUGGUAAAAUCAAGGAAGGGAUGUCGGAGAAUUCUUCAUAUCCAAACUUGGAACAACAUAACACCAAAGCUGAAGACAAAAUUCAAGGCAGUGGCUUAAAUCGACAAAGUCAUGUAGAAAAUAAAGGCAUAUCUGGUAAAACAGCAUCAGGAGGAACAAGAGAUACUGACAAGGAUGCUCAUAAAAUUGAAACAAGUGGUUCAGAUGCCAGUUCUGCAAAAGGAAAGAAUGUUUCUGUUCAUAUGGAUAAGGGCGAGCUUUCAAAAUCAAAUGAGCGUCUUAAAAAAGUUGCAGUUGAAAAUCCAGAAGAUGAAAAGUUUGAGCUCGCACAAAGGAAAAAACGAAAGCGAACUAUAAUGAAUGAAGAACAGGUGUUAACGAUAGAAAGGGCACUCGUGGAUGAACCUGAUAUGCAGCGAAAUGCAGCUUUACUUCAAUCAUGGGCUGAUAAAUUAAGUUCGAAUGGCUCCGAGGUUACAUCGUCGCAGCUUAAAAAUUGGUUGAAUAAUCGAAAAGCCAGGCUAGCUCGCACAGCUAAGGAUGUUCGACCAGUAACAGCUGAUGUUGACAAUCCAGUCUCAGACAAGCAGAAAGGGGCAGCACUUGGGUGCCAUGACUCACCUAUUGCUCCAGGUCAAUAUGUUAUGCUUGUCGGCCAGCAAGGAGAGGAGAUUGGCAAAGGAAAUGUAUUUCAGGUGCAGGGUGAGUGGUAUGGGAAAGCCUUAGAUGGGAACGCCUUAGAUGGAUUUGGAGUCUGUGUUGUGGAUGUUUGUGAGCUCAGGGUUGAUAAAGGGUUGCAGCUACCCUUCACGUCAGAAGCCAUUGGCUCAACAUUUGCAGAGGCUCAUACAAAGUUUGGUGUCAUGAGAGUAAUAUGGCCUACGAACAAAAUGAUGGCGUUGCGAUCAGAUUGA